CGGAUAUCGUGAAAGAACCUGAAUAUCGAUGGCGACCUGCAUUUAUGGGAACUCAAUUUCACAUAUAAAUUCACAAAAGAGUGUAAGCUCUAUUUUCCAAUAUCUCUCAGAGCGCUAUCGUCACAGCCUGGCAUGGCGGCGUUAAUUAUAAACGAGGCUCGUUAUCAGUUUAUUGUUCUUUCCAACCAACCGAUAUGAUUAAAGCUUUCGAUACUAAGCACCUGUCGCCCCGAAAUGCUCCAAUGGCACUCAUAGCCCUUUCAGUUGGUAAUUUGCGCUGGUCAAUAGCACAACGCGAUCCCGGAAGACCUCAACUGGAGUAUAUAUAACACCUUAAACGUCAAAUAUCUCACCAUGUGCAACGCUCUCUGUGAAUGCCUAAAAUGCCCCGGCAAAGUUGUGUGCUGCUGCUGCAAUUGCGCCUGCAAAAUGCUAAUGAGCAUCAUCUUCUCCGCUCUCCUCCUGAUCGUUGUUAUUGGAUUGAUUGUCUACUUCACAGUCUUUUAUCACAAGGAUAAGAAUAACGACGAGGUGCAGAAGCAGAUAGCCCAAAUGGCACCAAUUGUAAAGCGCAGCAUACGCGAUUAUUUUCAUAAGGAAUACUAAAACUGUGGAUGUGAAUUUAUAUACUAUUUAUAGGCUAAAUUAUUAAUAAUAAUAAUUCGAAAACGAAGCGAAACCGAAACGGAAACCGAUACCAAAACUGAA